CUUAUUAAUUUCUUGAGUUUUUCUCCACUGUUGCUUUUAAUAGUUCUGUUUUUCUAGAAAAUGGUGGCGCGGUGAGCCCUUUCCCUCUUGCUGGUUCAGUGUUGUCGGGCAUCACUCGGGUUGGCAUUUGUGGGUUAUUCCCGUUACCUUUCAUAUUUUAAUACCGCUGACAGGUAGGAUUAUGGAAUGUAAGCGGUGGGUGUGAGGAACCACGGAUUACGUGGAUGGGAUUUACUGAAGACAGCAAUAGUGUGCAUGUAGCCACAGCUUAUUACUGCUUCAGUAGUAGCGCUACUCAUCACAAUGGGAAAUAGGAACUCUUUGUGAACUGGAGAUAAGGAGAAAUGCAGCGGCCAGUAGUUGGGAGCUGGAAAAAAAAGUGAAUUAAUGGUUUAAGGAUUGCAGACCCCAUGGAGACUGCUGAGAACAGGCAGAACGGAGGAGAAGGGCAUGAGCCAGGCUACAUGCAUCAUGAAUGAAUCUGCCUCCAGCGGAAAUGGCCAGGAGUUUGAUGUAUUUAGUGUUAUGGACUGGAAGGAUGGCAUAGGUACAUUGCCAGGAAGUGACCUGAAGUUUAGAGUGAAUGAAUUUGGAGCCCUGGAGGUGAUAACAGAUGAAAAUGAGAUGGAAAGUGUUAAAAAAGCCAUGGCUACCACCACCUGGAUGGUUCCAACUGCUCAAGAAGCCUUUUCAGAAAAGACAGGGAUCUCCUCAAAGUUGAAGGAAACUGCAAAAAUGGAUGGACUUGUUUUCUGUGAAAACUGUUAUCACUAUGGUACUGUAGAAGAAUUUGUUCCUGAAGGGAAAUUUUGCAGCCAAAAAUGUGCCCAGCAAGUAAAAAACAAAGAACCAAAGGAGGAAAAACCCAGCAUGGAAUGCAAUGGGGAUGAUGAAUCCAAAGUCAUUCGGAAAAGAAAAACAAAAUUACCUCUCAAAGAAGAGUCCAAGGAUAAUGAGGAGAAGAAAGAUAAUCCCGAUGAAACUGAGGAUAAAUCUGAAGGCAGAAUUUUGAGAGUCUCACAGAGAGCCAGAAGAAAAAGAAAAGGGGAUAUAACAGUUUUGAAACAAACUGUAUCCUCUAAAGGGAAGCAACUGUGGUGUUGGGCGUCCUAUCUAGAGGAAGAAAAAGCUAUUGCAGUACCUACUAAGCUUUUUAAAGAGUAUCAAUCCUUCCCGUACAACAAAAACGGAUUCAAAGUAGGGAUGAAGCUGGAGGGUGUGGAUCCUGAGCACCAGUCAAUCUAUUGUGUUCUCACUGUGGCUGAGGUUUGUGGCUAUAGAAUACGACUCCACUUUGAUGGAUACUCAGACUGUUAUGACUUCUGGGUGAAUGCUGAUUCUUCAGACAUUCAUCCUGUUGGAUGGUGUGAAAAAACAGGUCACAAGCUUCAUCCACCAAAAGGAUAUAAAGAAGAAGAAUUCAGCUGGCCUUCGUAUCUAAAGGCGUGUAAGGCUCAAGCUGCUCCUAAAUCUCUAUUUGAAAACCAGAAUGCAACAGUGAUUCCAUCGGGAUUUCGAGUAGGGAUGAAGCUGGAAGCCGUAGACAAAAAGAACCCUACAUUCGUUUGUGUUGCUACGGUAACAGACAUGGUGGACAAUCGUUUUCUAGUUCAUUUUGACAACUGGGAUGAGAGUUACGACUAUUGGUGUGAGGCAGCUAGCCCACAUAUUCAUCCUGUUGGGUGGUGUAAAGAACAUAAAAGAACUCUUAUCACCCCACCAGACUACCCACAUGCUAAGCAUUUUUCUUGGGAGAAGUAUUUGGAAGAAACCAGCUCAUUACCUGCACCUGCAAGGGCUUUUAAAGUGAAACCUUCUCAUGGCUUCCAGAAGAACAUGAAACUUGAAGUGGUUGACAAGAGAAAUCCAGUAUUUAUCAGAGUAGCAACUAUUGUAGAUACUGAUGAUUAUAGAAUAAAAGUCCAUUUUGAUGGCUGGGAUAGUAUUUAUGAUUAUUGGACAGAUGUAGAUAGUCCUGAUAUCCAUCCUGCAGGCUGGUGUACAAAAACUGGACACCCUCUUCAGCCUCCACUGAGUCCCUUGGAGUUAGUGGAAGCUUUGGAGCAUGGAGGAUGUCCCACAGCAGGAUGUAAAGGAGUUGGGAAUGUUAAAAGAGCAAGACAUAUUGGCCAUCAUAGUGCAGUCAGCUGCCCAUACUCUGAGAUGAACUUGAACAAAGAAAGCCUCCUACCUGAUCGGCUCAGUGGGGAGUUGCCUGCAGCCAAUCAUGUCCCCAGAAACAGAAGAGUGGAAGCAAGGGAAAGAUCCCCCUCUCCUAUAAUCAAUGACAGAAAAUGCCCGAGCCCUGGUCACAUAGGCACAAAAUCUGUAUCUCAUAAUCGAUCAUCUGGGAAAACUGUAUCAGAAACAACUAAGCAGGAAGACAGAAAAAGUGCAUCUCCUUGCAAGAAGCCCCAGUUAUGUGAUGUGAAAGAAAAGAAGCCACCUGGAGGACUGCAGACAAAGGACUCUGUAAAGAACAAAGAGUGUGAAGAAAAAGAGACAGGAAAUAACCUGCUCAUUUCAAAUGAAAUUAAAGUUGUGGAAGAACCCAAUACCCAGAGGUUUCUGUCUCAACCAGUUGUUGUGUCAUCAAAGCUGCAAAUCCCCGGCCUACCCUUGCGCUGGGAACAGCAAAGCAAGCUCCUGCCAAGUGUAGCUGGGAUCCCAGCCAGUAAAGUUUCUAAGUGGAGUACAGACGAGGUCUCUGAAUUUAUACGGAGUUUACCAGGAUGUGAAGAGCAUGGCAAGGUAUUUAAAGAUGAGCAAAUUGAUGGAGAAGCAUUUCUGCUAAUGACCCAAUCAGACAUAGUCAAAAUAAUGAGCAUUAAACUGGGACCAGCCCUAAAAAUCUUUAAUUCCAUUCUGAUGUUCAAAGCUGCAGAGAAGAACUCACACAAUGAACUUUGAAGAUAAUGGAAAACGUGUACAAGCCAGUUUCCUCCACUGGAGCUCAUGUUUUAUUCAAAGCACAAAGACUCACCAGAAUUAUUGAGUAAGGACUCUCAGAAAGGAAGAAAAGUGUGUUCUGCACUGGUGGACUAUUCAUAUUCUCCUAGAGCCAGUAUACAUCUGAAUCCUUCUGGGAAGUGCUCACGCUUUUAAGAAGGUACUUUUUAACAACCAAGUCAGCUAGUCUGAUUUACCAAACUAAUGGCGCUAAUUCUCCAUGGAGGGUUAGGAUCUCUAAUGCUCUCUGGUCAUCAAGAAAAAACCUUCAUUGAUUAUUUAUGCUGUAUUAUAUAAGGGAACGUUAAUAUUUUCUAAGAAUUCCUGAAUUCUGCUUCGUGUACCCAUUUUACUUUUUGGUAGCUAUUAUUUCUUACCAUCAAAAUAAAAAAAAUUAGCCAAAAAUUGGGCUAUGGGUAGCCAAAUGAGACUGUUAUGGCUAAUGCAAAUUUGUGCCAUAGUUUGAAAAUGAAACAGUUAAUGUUACAUAUGUGACACUUUAUGCUACAGCAUAUAACUUUACAGAUUAUAAAACUGUCUGUUUGCUUGUAACAAAACAAACCUUGUUGGGGUUGAAAUUAUAAUGCUUUUUUGAUAACUGAAUGUUUUUACUUUUGCACGAUUACAAAAAUGUUAUGUGAGUUUUUCCACCAGCAUCUUUAAUGUAUUUUACCAAAAGAUCAGUAUCGAGAAGGCUGCAACUGAAAAAUAAAGUUUGACUUCAUAGAAGACAUUCAUUUAUGCUGCACAAUAGAACCCCAGCCUUUUACAUGGGAGCCUGCUUACAGUCCUUCCACACAUGAAGGAAAAUACAUGUAUUUUGAGGUAAGACUAUUAGCAAAAAAAGAAAGUAUAUUUAUUCACGUCUGCACAUGCUAGUCUCCAGUAUACUUACCAAAACAGUGGAGAAAAACAGUGUGCUAAAGCUAGGACUGCUACUCUGGCUUCAUAUGCAACAUAAGCUUGUAUUCUUAGUGGUGGAAGAAUUAUUUAACCGACCACUUCUUAGUUGAAAAAUCUGAUUUAUAAAUGAAGCAUAGCCGGAAAGCCAAAGCAUGGAGGGAAAAGCUACUUAAACACAUAUCCUGCAUAGGCAUGAACUAGGUAAAAGGCAUGGGUUUCACCAGGUCAUUAGCAAGGCUGCAGAUUCCACUAGCAGGUACUUGGAGGCUUAUUAUGUCAGGGAAAUUUGUUGCACUUGGUAUAUAUACGUAAGAUGUAAACCGGAUGCACUUUACACUGGAGAAAGCCUAGCUACUAAUAUAUCAGAAUUUUGCUUUUACAAGAAGAGAGAGAAGAGUUGAAUCAAGCUUUUGGCAGCCCUCUUCUUAGUUCUGAGGUGGGCAGUUGCUUAGUCUGUAGUUAAGAACAGUGUUUCCAUUGCACAGAACUUUGAGAAUUUUAAAUCUUCCCACAGAUUUUGCUAGGCUGUUCUUUGGCUGAAGUUCCUUAAGAUUUCAAGAACCCUUUGUGCCCCUUCCAGGUCACACUGGUGACUGGUACCUGCCAUAAUAUGAGGUAAAACAGGGUCAGUAUGAAGUAAGUUGCAUUGCUCUAUUAAUUUCCUUCCAUAGCAUUGCAUAAAUAAUAUUUUUACAUUUUGUUCAAUAUUUGUACAGUCAAAUUGCACUCUUAUUGUACUACAAUACAAAUAAAACCUGAAUUGGA